GCAAGGAGCCUGACAAAGACGGCAUCGACCAUUUGACACUCUAUGCCCAAGAGGACUACAAUUCCGGCUAUAUUGCCGGCUAUAUUUCGACUAUCGUUCCGGUUUUCUCCCAGCGAUCUUACAGCGAUCUUUCCGGCUAUCUCUCCAAGGAAAAAGACAAUGUCAGCGACACUCAGUGA